AUGACAGAUAAAGAAGAUGCUACCAAACAACCCGAAAACCAACCACUAGAUGACGAAGCUCUUGAAAAAUUAGCCGUAGAAGAAUUACUUCGAGAGGCAGUACAAGGAGCAGCUCGAGCAGAAAUAGUGGGACCUUCUGGAUGGGUAAAGAGCAUACUGUCAGCUCAAAUAAAUACUACAGCUCACGAAGCAGUCACAGAAGUUCUUAUAGAUCUUAUAGUAAGUCACCAAAAAGAGAUCACAGAUCAGAUACAUCAAUUAAAAAAGAUAAAUAUAGAAAAAAAUAUUAAAAUGGCAGAUUAUGACAUAAAUAGCAUUUUACAUACACGCAUAAUUGAUGUUGACGAAUCUAAAUGGAAACCAUCUGAUAAGAUACCUCUGAUAAAUAAAGAAAUAGAACAAGUCAAAGCUGAAAUGAAAACAUUCCUACAAAACAGUGAUUUUGAUGUUGCAUCAAUUUUACGUGAAGGUAAAGAACUCAUAAUUGAAAGCAAGUCCCUUAUGUUGGAAAUGGAAGGAUGUAAAAACCAGAUAGAAGAAGAAACUCUAAAAGAGAUUAAGAAUUCAAUGGAAAACCAUGACAUCAUUGGUAAAGAAUUGGAAUGCGUCAACUUUUCUUUGAAUAUACUGAAUGAUGUACUGCAAAUAGGAAAUUUUGUCAAAGAGUUUGAUGUUGGUAGAGAAUUCCAGAGUUUUGUCAAGGCUGUAGAGGCCGUGUCGGAUCUCUUAAAGUACAUUGAAGAGCCAGCAGAAGGUGUGCAAGACCUACUUCUGUUUGAAAGUACAAAAAAUACAGCCCAUUUGAUUCUAGACAAUUUAAUUCAUGACAUGUUUGAGGAGUGGGACAGAAUGAUUGUAUAUUCUAGUGAACCAGGUCCUGAAUCAACUAUAAUUAAACUUAAUCUUACAUUAGAUAAAACACUAUCUACUUUGGAUGUUUUAAAAGGAUUAGAUAGAUGUGGUAAACUGCUAGACAAAGUCACACAACUUGCACAGUUUAUUCUGUCUGAAAUAUUAAUACCUAUAAUUCAUUAUGAUUGUACUGUGUUUGCUGAACCAGAUCAACUGAUGACGGUUACAAUAACCUACAGAGACAACUACAAACCACCGUAUUACGAUGUUAUCACAAACUUACGAUUGCUGUUUCAUUAUCUAAGCAACAGAUUGAAUAUUGUUAUUAAUAGCGUAGGUGAACCUAUUAUUACUAUGGUAGGCAGGUUAAUAAGCGAAGAAUUCAGAGAUAUUCUAGUCAAAGAUUGUUUAAUUGAUACUAUACCAAAUAAUAUAAAUGAUCUACAAAUAUACGGUAAGAUUACUGGUGAAAUAGAAGAUUUCCAACGUUUUUUAUAUAUGGUGAAAUUUUCCCAUGAUGAAGAUUUCACAAUACUGAACUAUAUUAAUAAUAUUGAUGUUUUAUUUGCUGCUAAGUCGAGCCAACACUUCUUAGAGAAAGCUAGAUCUAUUAUGAUUAAAGAUUUAAGUGCAUCAAUGUCUAUAGGAGUUGAGAAUAUUCCAGUGAAUUCAAAAGAUGUUGAAAAUAGUGAAGAUGAGAUGAUUGAGCAAGGAUUAGAUGUACUUCAUCAGACUAUUCCGAAAAGUCUUUUCUACUUCCCAAGGUGCAUGAUAUCGAAAUCAGCUCAGGAGUUACUGGAUCUGGUGUAUGUUGUGAUGGAGCAGGCGGUGCAAUGCUCAGAUGUUGUCAGCAAGAAGUUGUACAACACUGCGCGGUUAAUAUUUGAACUUUAUGAUGCAGUUGUUCCGUACCACCAUGAAAAUUUCCUACAGAAUAUCCCACAGUAUGUUGCAUUGUUCCACAACAACUGUAUGUACUUGGCGCACAAUCUGCAGACAUUUGGUGACAAGUGGCUGACCUUGAUGGAGGGUCGUGAGGUGGGCUAUGCUAUAGGGUUUGUGGACCUGGUGCCCAAGUUGCGCGAGCUCGGUUUCCGGCACCUCGCCGUGCACAUGCAGCAGCAAAGGAAACAGAUACUCGAUAAUAUACGCACUUCCGAUUUGAACUGCAUUGUAGUGAAAGAUGUGCUCGAUGAUAACGCCGAAGCGGCCAUCAGACAAUGUCUGAGGCAAUUGCAUCUCCUUAAAAAUGUAUGGAUUGGAGUUUUUCCUAGUAAUGUCUUCAUCAGGUUGAUGGCAACACUGAUAAAUAUGUUUAUUGACGAGUUGAUCCACCGUGUGUGUACUGUCGAGGACAUCUCUAUGGAAAUGGCGGCGCAGCUAAAUGAAAUGUACACCCUUGUUGUGCAGAAAGUACCACAAUUGUUUCCAGAUGGAACAGACGUAAAUGUUUACGUUAAGUCGUGGAUAAAACUCCAAGAACUCGUGUUCGUUCUGGGAGGAUCUCUAAGAGAUAUUGACCUGCAUUGGGACGAUGGUGCUGGACCUCUUGCCAAGCAUUUUACUACUGACGAACUAAGAAGUCUUAUAAAAGCGCUAUUUCAAAAUACACAAUUUCGCGCUAAUUUACUAUCUAAAAUUAAGUAA